AUGGCAACCGUUGUUGUUCAGCAGGCGCUGCGCCAUUCGACCCCUCCCCCAUCACCCAUCCCAUCCGCCAUCUCCGUCAAUCGACGACCGAGCCCGAUUCCAACCAGACAUCUGCCCGUGUGCCCAACAGGCCCCUCGCCUGCCGAUUCACGGGAGACGCCUGCACAAUGCACCUCCAAUGAUCAGACAUCUUCUCUUCUCUACCCGGCAGAUGGUUUUGUGCGCAUUUCCUCUCCGCCGGCACCUAAUAUCUAUGCUAUCGAUGCCGAAACCCUGUCUUCAGCGCUCGAUCACCUGGCAGCGCAGCCAUUGCCCGAUCCAUCGCAGAUGUUCCCCUGGCUGCAUGGUCUUCACCCGGAUAAUCAUCUACAGUUGGGCUUCUUCUCAGGCCGUAGGAAAUCACUGCGCCGGCCACCGAAAUGCUGGCGCGGUAUCACCGUGGUCAAACUGGGUGGAGAUUUGAGUAAGGCGCGCCUCAAAGGGGCCGUCGCUCCCAACGAAGUCAUCUCACCCACGUCGCGGUUCUUGAUGGCCGACCCUCCGGACGGUUUCUCUGUUCGAAACUUCCAAAUCCAGACUGCCAAGCUCGCGCAUCUGUCAGAUAUUGUGGUCUAUGCCGAUGACCACGCCAGCAAGUCGGAGCUUCUUGCCCUAGCAGAGGACUUCGCGAUGGCCCAGCAGGCCUGGCGCAUGAAGAACGAUCCCAUGCAUGAACGCCCACCCUACAACACCUUUGUAGUCACGAGCUCCUUCCACCACAUUGAAAAGAAGCGCCCGCAACUGGUUGCUAUCAACGCGGAUGGCGUACUUACCGGGCGGGUCUUGGACUUUUCUCAACAAGAACGCCUGGAGAUGUGCAGCAUGUCUCGCGCAUCGGAGAUCUCAAAGAAUGUUUGGCUCGGACCAACUCCUGAUUACAUGUUGCGACCUGACGCUUGCGAAGAGCCCGAAACAUAUCCCUAUGAUCUGAUGAUCGAGGCAAGCGAUCUCGCCAGUAUUCCCGGGCCCCGUUACUUGGCCACUGUCGAUGCGAAGCUGGAAAAAGGACCGCAGCGAAUUGAUUUCCCUUCAUCGGGCUCCAUUGUCCUCCCAUCAGGCAACACCCGCGAAGUCGAAGACUUGGUCGCCACCGUCCGAUGGAUGUAUUACCUCACUCAUCCAGAUCCGCAUGAGGUGGCUGACCGUGAUGGCGACAUCGCCAUGACCCAUCCCGGGAAGAAGCCUCGUCGAAUCUACAUCCAUUGCGCAGACGGCUAUACCGAGACCUCCGUGCUGGCAGUUGCUUAUUUCAUGUUCGCCGAAGCUGUUCCUGUGCACGAAGCUUGGCUUCGUCUGCAUCGUGAAAAAGGCCGGAACUUCUUCGCCUACCCGACGGACGUUGCGUUUCUAAGCCAUAUUCAGUCCCGUCUUUUGCAAGAAAGUCCGACAAAUCACAACAUUGACACCUCCGAGAUUUGGGAUCCAAACUGGUUCUUGAAGAUGGAUGGAUCUUUGCCCAGUCGUAUUCUCCCGUACCUUUACCUGGGUAACCUCAAUCACGCCAACAACCCGGAUUUGUUGCGGGAACUUGGAAUCCGACGCGUUUUGAGCAUCGGAGAGCCUGUGUCGUGGACCGACGAAACCCGUGCCAAAUGGGGCAAAGAGAACCUCAUGUACAUCGACAAUGUUCAAGAUAACGGUAUUGAUCCGCUCUGGCACGAGAUCGACAGGUGUCUGGAAUUCCUCGAACAUGACAAAGAAGAAGGCAAAGCUACCCUGGUUCACUGCCGCGUUGGAGUUUCCCGAUCCGCCAGCAUCUGCAUCGCCGAGGUGAUGAAAAUCAAAGGUCUCUCCUUCCCUCGCGCAUAUUGCUUUGUGCGAGCUAGACGUCUCAACGUGAUUAUCCAGCCCCAUCUCCGCUUUGUCUAUGAACUCCUCCAAUGGGAAGAAGAUCAAAUGAAAAAACGAGGCUGCCUGAAACGCGAACUUGAAUGGCCAACUGUCGCCCGCGAGAUCGCCCUCCUCAACAAACCUUACUCUCGAUCCUAG